CGCUAUCGAUAACAAUUGCGCCGCACGUGCAAAUUUGUUUAUUUUGAUUUUUCAUAUUUCUUGUGAUGGACUUCGCCAAGAAGAUACUGGGAAAAUACGGCUGGAAAGAGGGCGACGGCUUGGGCAAGAACAACACCGGAAUCGCAGUUCCCUUGAAGGCCGCCUUGAAGUUCGAUAACGCGGGACUGGGAGUGGAUCGCGCCCAGGAAUUCAAUGACCAUUGGUGGGAGCGCUGCUUCAACGAGGCCGCCAGCAAUGUGGACGUCCAGGUUAAGCAGGACGGACAGGUGUCGACCUCCCGCAGAAAGGGUGAGGAAGCGGUGGAGAUCUCCACCAGCGGAUUCUCCGCGCGCAAGCUGAAGAAAGCCAAGGAGCAGCACGCCAGCGCUGGAAAGACCACCUACGAAAAUUUCCUGCAGACUUCGCUGCUCACGCAGAGCGGCGGCGAGGUUGAGACCUCCGAGCGCAUCAGGGUGGAGGACAUUGAGGUCACCAAGGUGGCGGUACUCACAGAUGCGGAACUCUUCAAGGCCUGCGGAGGAAGGACGGCGCACAAAGGAGCAAGGCAUGGCCUAAAGCUGGGCGGAAAGAUCGCCCGUUUGGAGCAGCAAGAGCGCGAGAUGCUGGAGAAGCUUCAGCGCAAGCUAAAGACUGCGCCUGAAACGGAGCAAACCGAACAUCAAGCAGUAGAGUCAGUUGAUGACAGCGUGGAGCAGUGUGAUACGAAGCCAAAAAAGAAGAAAAAGUCCAGGACAGAAGAGGUUUCUGAGGCAGGUGAGGUUUCCCAACUGGAAGAGCCCAUAAAAACCAAGAAAAAGAAGAAAGACAAGGCUGAGAAGGCAGAAGAGGAAUCCCCAGCACAUCAAACUCAAGAAGAUCCCGUCAAGAUCAAGAAGAAAAAAAGUAAGACACGGGAGCCGGAAGAGGAAGUCCAAGACGUUGCGGAAGAGCCAGUGAAGACAAAAAAGAAGAAAGACAAGAAAGCGGAAAGUCCAGCAGGGCCAGGAGCAACUGAAGGAUCACCCCAGGAUGCUGAAACUGAUGAACAAGUAAAGUCAAAAAAGAAGCGGAAAACGGUGGACUCUUCGGAGGAAUCGGAAACUAGCACAAAACUAAAAAAGAAAAGAAAGAACAAGGAGAACGUGUGAUAGUUGUAGUCCACUCUAGAAUAAAAGAUGUUAGAAAAAUGUAAUUUAUGAAGAUA